AUGACCAGGAUGGCCAGCCGGAUGUACUACAAAGGGCUUCUACUCGAAUUAAAGAACUUUAUCCUAACUUCCUCGUUGGACAAUAUCCAACUGCCGCUGAAUACCUUCCAGUCUAUCUUAUUCUGUUCAGCGACUGUGGAGUACCAAUGUGGUCGCCUUACCGAAGAGCAAUACUUUGCACGGCUGGCAGUCGACUUUGGCCACUCGCAGGAAGAGAUUGAGGCAUCUAUCACAGCGGUACGGAAUACAUAUCAAGUGAAGGCGACAGCUUUGGAAUUUCUAGCUUCAAUAAAGAGCCGGUUUGGAAUCAAAGGUCUUGGAAUCGAUUGGUCCCUGUUUGAACGGGUUUUUGUUUCGAGCGAGAUGAACAUGCAAAAGCCUGAGCUGAGGUUCUAUCGGCACGUUUUGGAUCACAUACAUCUGAAGCCUAAGCAAGUUAUCUUGGUAGAUGAUGACACUGAAAAUAUCCUUGCAGCAUUUUCCCGUCUUCUCCUCAAUCUCUUCGAUGUUGAUCCUGUUGCAAGAGGUACCAAGUUUCUAAAGGACAACGCCCAGAACUUUUCUUCGGUUACGCAUACUGGGAUAACCGUGAAGGAAAAUUUCGCGCAGUUGCUCAUCUUGGAGCUCACUGGCGACCGAAGUUUGGUAGAUCUUGAAACGCAUCUCACUACAUGGAAUUUUUUUAUUGGCCCUCCUGUUAUCACACCAACCAGUUUCCCUGAUGAUCUGGACACGACAUCACUGGGGAUUACCAUCCUCCAGCGCCCUGCUCACAUAGCCAAUCUUGUUAUGGAUAUGAUGCUUCGGUAUCGAACUCCUGACCGUCUCGUUCAGACAUUCUUCUCCGAAUUCAUGAACCGAGUUGAUCCGGUCGUGUGCUGCAACGUCUUGAGUCUCUUCUAUCAAUACGGGCGGGGCCAUCAGCUCUCGGAGACCCUCAGUUGGGUCGGUCAGGUUCUGCAAAGACACGCCUAUAUCCACGGCACCACUUACUACCCUGAACCUGAAACAUUUUUGUUCUUCGUUUCCCGUCUCUUGCUGCGUCUCAAGGGGUCUUCUCCUGUCGUCUAUAAACGCAUGCGGGCCCUUCUCACUGAACGGGUAAAAGAGCGGGUUGGUAUUCCGACAGACGCAGCAAGUUUAGCGAUGCGCCUAAUUGUUUGCCACCAGACUGGGAUUCAUGAUGUUCGAGGACUCAAGCAGCUCUUGUCCAUGCAAGAAAUAGAUGGCGGGUGGGAGAUGGGAACCUUGUAUCAGUAUGCAUCGAAAAACCUGCGAUUGGGGAAUAGAGGCACUUCUACUGCGCUUGCACUUGAGGCGAUCCGCCAUUGUCAACCCUGGCUAAACCAAUACAAUUAA